UAAUUGUACUUUCCAAAAAUGGCCGUUGAAUGACUUUAAUGAUUUUGACGACCAACACCUAGAGUUACUGAAUUUGUGGUCAUUUUGAUGAGCGUUGCCAGUGAUUCCUAUUAAUUCUUUGCAAUUGCUACGUCAAAUAUGCUUAACUGGUGGUUAGGACGGCCUGAUGGUGCCGAGCGUGUUGCAGGUAUGGACGUCAUCAAUCAUGAAUUACCUAGGUGUAUAGAAGACACAAAAAUGCUCACAUCAUACAGGUGCUGAUCCCGAUAUGGAAACUCCAGAGACACCUGCCCCGGUGUUUGCUGCUCGCGCACUCAAAAGCGCCUUCUUUGGUACACCUGGCCUCCCUCAAGAUGAUACGCUUUAUGGGAUUGAAAAUGAGGACGAUCCAACAACUGGCAGAGAUACCCGGCUCCCGCAUUAUCUCUCGGCCUCUCCAACAAAGCCGCCGGGAAUUUUGAUGACACCUGGAACUGCGGCAACUCGAAGAAAGACGGUGUCGUUCGGAUCAGAUGUUGAUGACAAUGAGGGAAAGGACAGGCCGCAGAAAAUUGUUGGCAGGGCAGCAACACCGGGAAAAGCCCUUGCUCCACGGGCAUCCCAGGCAGAAGAAUUAUCGCAACCAAGCAGAAAGACUUCGCUUUUGAAGACUCUAGAAGAUUCUCGUGGGUCAGGCAGUGCAUUCAAAAGGCGCAAUCAGUUUUCUACAGCCUCUUCCAUAUUACCAAAUUCGACUUUGGCCAAGGAAAAAGAUGUAGUGAAAUCCGAUGAUACGAAGGAAGCAAAAAAGCCACGGUCGAAUGGUUUAGAAUUAGCGAAAGAACUCAUAUCCGGAGCCGACAGCGAUGCAGACGUGACACUUGAUAUUAAUGAUCCCCGAUCACAGUCCGGGAAAUUCUGGAAAUCCGAAUUCCAAAAGUACCACGAUGAGGCGCAGACUCAAAUGAAGAAGCUGGUAGAGUACAAGCAGCUCGCAAAGUCUUAUGCCAAGAAAAAAGAUGCAGAAGCUCUCAAUCUUGCAGAAAAGUUAAAGGAAGAGCAAGCCAAAGUCUCUUCAAUGGAAAAUAACAUUACCGAGCUGAUGUCGCAAAUUGCAUCAGAAGGGAAAGUAAAGGGGGAUACUUCUCCGGAGCUCAUGAGGGAACUUGCUCGUCAGACUGCUUUGGCUUUUCAAUAUCGUGUUCAGGUAGAAGAAUUUCGCAAAGCCAUGGAAGGAGAUGGAAAUCUUGCCGCAGCAGUCCCAAAAACCGAAUCGAGGAACUCGAAGAGUGAACCCAGAGACACAAUCUCUCUUCAGAAUGAAUUAGAUCAAGCUUUACAAGCUCUAGCAACCGCCGAUAGAACUGUUUCUAAGCUGCAAGGUGAAAACAAUAAGCUUUCACAGGAUUUGCUUCAUUCUGAAUUACGAUUCCAGAAGCACACUGAAAGUUGGGAGAAGCGUCUGAAGCUUGCUGAAGAACAACGUCAAAAGAAAGAUGAGCGGCUUCAGGCCCUUCAAAAAGACUACGACCAUAUCAAGCAAACAGCAAAGAAUUCGAGACGUGAUGCAGAGCACCUUCUGAGAAAGCGACAUGACCAAGUAGUGGAAUUGAAGAAGGAGAACGCAUCAUUGAAGAGCGAGCAAUCAACUACAAAAGAUUUGCAACAAGCUCUUCACAGUAAGUCCAUUGAAUAUGAUACAAUGGUCGAUAGAUAUGAGAAGGAGAUGGCCAAAUUGAGAGAAGCUGUGCGUGGGUCUACCUAUGACGACGGGACAGAGUCAGGCUUUGAUUUGUUCCGAACUAGGAGCCACCCAACCGAGAAAUCGUAUGCUUUUACAAGUAACAUACCAGUGUUGAGCCAAUCUAUUUCACGCCCGUCGAAGACAAUGGCCUCAUCUAAGCCUGCACAUUUCGAAGCACCUCUUGAAAACACACAACGAUCAUCACACGCAGCCUUGUCUGAGAUUACCAAUUUUGCAACUACGGAACAAUUUGCUUUCCAAAAAUCGAAGAAAGUUGACCAUACUCCCCUUGCCAACCGUUUUGCCGAUUUCACUCUCGAUUCACUAAACACUAACUUGCAAACUGAAGACCCAUCCUUACCUCUUCUCCGUACACGAAAAAGUCAUGAGAGGUGCCUAGCCAGUCCCCGACCCAAGAUAUUUAACAUUCCCUCGAGUCCUCCUAAAGCAACAGUCUCUCGAUCUCGCCCUGUUGACCCAUUGAGACCAAAUAACGAACGUACGGUACCCCGCUCGACCACUAUUGCUUCGAGCCGAAGACCCAGUCCAUCAAAGUGUGCUUUGCCUCCUGACAGAAUUGCAGCUGCCAAAGCAAGGUUAGCACAAAAAAAUGCCGAGAAAAAAAGAGCUCAAGCAUUAGGGAAAGAUAGCAUUAGAUAAUUUCCGUUCAGUUUCGACAUUGUUCAUGUUGUGGUUUUUGGAGUCAAGGAUACAAUAUUUUAUGGAAGUUCAUGCUCAGCAUGGCGCUUGGUGUUGGUGGUAAUACCAGCUGGGGCGGCGUCAUAUUGAGUUUGUGCUACGAUACCUCGAAGACAUGUAUAGCUUCACUUUCUUCCAUCAAUUCAUUGCAUUUUGAUCAUGAAAAUAACUCGAUACAUUCACAUAACAACCCGCCACCAAAAUUUGCCAAGCCAUCCAGUAUUUAGUACGUUUCCGUUCAAGCUAUGUAUUGUCUGAAAGUUUCGUACCAUGUUCAAAAGCAUUAAGUAAUUUCAUUAUUGAAGAUAGGAUGAGAAGCAAAUG